CUCCAGGAACGGGAGUGAGGACCACCGCUAUAACUAUGAGAUAGAAAUGAGUAAACUAAUUUCUUACUGAAAUUCAAACAAUCACACAGACUCCAGUUACAGGAUGGAGAAACACUGGUCUACGGCAAGGAAUCAGCAUCAGGCUUACUCUUAACGGCACCCACAGCAGAGUGACAGAAAACAGUCCUGCGCAGAUUGGAGGCUCCUGGGGAUGGGAGAGUGGACGCGGGGGGUGCGGCCUUGUGGGAUAUGACGACUCAAGAGGAUCCCGAGUUCCAAGAUUUCCAGGUUUCCGACGCAGACCUGCUGAUCGUUCCCCUCGACGCCCCGGAUUUCAGCGCUUCCGGGUGUGAUGCCGGACGCGCGGAGGACAGGGGCGUGGCGUUCGUACUUGACCAAUCAGAGGACGAGGACGGCCAGGAGGAGGAGUCAAAGCUCCUGGGAGGAGAGAAUGAACCUGGCAACUUGUGGACCUUUGAGUACUAUCAGGCUUUCUUCGAUGUGGAUACAGUGCAGGUCUUGGACCGCAUCAGAGGGUCUCUCAUACCUUUACCUGGACGGAACUUUGUCAGGCACCAUCUCCAUAGCAACCCUGAUUUGUAUGGCCCCCUCUGGAUCUGCGUGACACUGGUGUUCUCUCUGGCCAUCGGUGGAAACCUCUCCACCUUCCUGACUCAGAGGGGUGACCCCAACUUCCGCUACAGGCCGCAGUUCCACGCUGUGUCUGUAGCGGCCGUGUCAGUGUUCCUGUACGCGAUGCUGGUGCCCGUGUGCGUGUGGGGGUUCCUGAAAUGGCGGCAGGGAGGGAGGCACGUGCGAGGCUACUCCUACCUGGAGACCGUGUGUGUGUACGGCUACUCGCUCUUCAUCUAUGUGCCUGCCUCGGUACUGUGGAUCUUCCCCCUCCAAUGGCUGCGCUGGGUGUCCAUCUUGGUUGCCAUGGCAAUAUCUGGCUCGGUGCUGGUCAUCACCUUCUGGCCCGUCGUCCGCGACGACACCAAGGUGGCCGCCGCCAUCACCGUGACGACCAUCGUCCUGCUGCACGCUCUGCUGGCCAUUGGCUGCGAGCUCUUCUUCUUCCAGACAUCUGAGCACACCGUGGCUCCCACUGGGACACCCCCUUCGUCCAACCACACAGCCCCGAUGCCCACCCCCCUCUCAGCCUGGGGCCCCUGAACGACGGCCGGGGAGGACACCGGAGGAGCACGCUGGGAGACGGACAGCACAGCAGAGAGAACUUAAUUAUUGAACAAAUAAUGUUAUUUAGCUGACGCUUUUAUCCAAAGUGAUUAGACUACACGGGGGACAAUCCUCCCCCCCACCCCACCCCCUGGAGCAAUGCGGGGUUAAGGGCCUUGCCCAAGGACCCCAAACGGCUGUGCGGAUCUUAUCGUGGCUACACUGGGGCUUAAACCACCGACCUUCCGGGUCCCAGUCAUGUACCUUGGCGACUAGGCUAUAGGCUUCAUUUUCAUAAGUGUGACUGAACAUGCUGGUCAAUUCUGAAAGUGGAGGGGGAAAAAAAAAUACAGAAGGACCAGAUGUUCGUGGCUCUGCCUUCUACGGCAGCCUGGGUGGGUUAUCUGGACCUGCUCUGUGACAGGAUCUCAGUGGCGUACAUACGUUAAAAUAAAAACAAAAAAUAAGGAUGAUGCGA